AUGGAAGCUCGGAGCUUGCGCUCCUCCAGCUUUGUCUCACUGAACGGACGCCCAGCCGUGGGCGAUGGGGCGUGGGUUUUCCCGUCCACUGUUUUCGGCUUGGAGUUGGGCCGUUCCCGUUCCUCCACCUGGGCACCGGCGCGCUCCUCGUCGCGCGGGUCACGCGACGACGUGCUCGACGAGUGGCUUUUCCCCGUGAAGGAUCCCGCGGCGCAUCGCACCUGGAGCACCGACGCGGCGGGCGGUGGGCGGCCGCGAUGGCUGCGGGAAGUGCAGCAAGAUGGAGGAGUUCGAGGGUGGCUGCUACAGGGGCUUGAGCUCAGUGGCAUGGAAGACAAGAACUACUUGCUGGGCCUGCGAUGGCUCUCCGGGGUCGCGCUGCCAAUCACCGCGGAGCGGACGGCGGAGUGGAGACGAAGAAGACGUAUCGCGGAGGAGAUCGAGAAGGACCUGCCACGGACUUUCCCCGGGCAUCCCAACGAGGAGCACUUGACGAUGGCCUCUCGCGACAUCCUGCGGAUGCUCUGCUGCGCGCGGAACGUCUCUGUUGGAUACACUCAGGGCCUCAACUUCACAGCGGCCGUGCUGAGCUGCGCCAUGGCCCGCGACGAUGCCUUCUGGUGCCUCACCGCUUUAGCGGAAUCGGUGGCGGCACACUUCAUGUCCAACGACAUGCUCCAAGGAGCUGUGGCUGACUGUGAAUGUAUCGACUGGUUGGCUGGCGAGCUGGAUCCGCAGCUUGCAGCCUUGGGCCGUGCCUGUGAAGGAUAUUCCUCCGUGAUCUUCGCACGGCCACUUUGUACAUUGCUGGCCUGCUGCGGCUUGCCAGUGGACGCCACCUUGCAAUGUUGGAGAGCGAUUCUUCAUUCAACGAACCCCAGGAUCUUCCUCCUCCGCAGCAUCACUGCAUUCCUCCUGGCAGCGCUGCAGCGGCAAACGGAUCCGCCCGCGGAGCUCGGAGAUCUGAUGGAGGCUUUAGAGAAGACCUUUCAGGGCACCUACGAUGCCCAGGUGGUGUUGGCCGCGGCCACGGAGAGUGUGGAGUCAGUCCCUGAUUCCGUGGUGCUCGAGAAGCUGAAGCAGAUCGAAGAUCGCUUGCAGAGUAAACAUGCCAAUCGCAGCGAUGCGCAGAGGGAGGCACAUGAGGCUCAACAAGCCCAGCGCUUAAGGCAACUGGUCUUAGAGGAUGUGGGCGUCAGACAGAGCCUGCUCAAAGAUAUGCAGGCGGCCUGGCGUGGAGCGGUGUGCCGGACACGGCCUGAAGUGUCACAGAUGGACUUCCUGCUGCUGCUGCCAGCGGAGGAUUUGCAGGGUGUCAAGAGCUCCACUUGGGAGGCUUUCCUGUCGACCAUCUUCGAUGAUUUGGAUGUUUCACGGCGGGGCCUGGUGCCCUUGAAGCACGCCUUGAUCGCACUGGCACUCAUGUUGGGCGACACGCCCUUGGAGCGGAUUUGCGCACUCUUCUCCAUGCUCGAAGUAGAGGGCCGAUGCUGCAGCGAGGACUUUCGCGCCCUUGCGGAGGCGACAGGACAGCAAGAUGCUGCGGCACAGUGGCUGGCCUCCAACAACGUCCGAGAGCACUUAGACCAGGAGACCUUCAUCAAGGCCCUUCUGGCCUUGCCCUCCUUGGCCUUGGCCACGGUGGACACAGAUCUGACCGGAAGCUUCAGCAUCUCCUUCACCUCCUCGUCCUGCGGCACCUUGCUGCCGGUCGCCCCAAAGUGGGUCCCGGACGUGCAGGAGAGUUCGUGUCAGUUGUGCGCGGAGUACUUCACCUGCUACCGCCGCCGGCACCACUGCCGCGCCUGCGGGCGCUUGGUGUGUCGACCCUGCAGUCGGCAGAAGAUUGCUUUGUCCAUCAUCGGCUAUCUCGAGCCAGUUCGUGUGUGUGACGACUGCUUUUCGGUGCUGAGCCCUUAA